AUAGAAAGAGAAAAUGGGUUCAGUGGUGGAGUCGAGGUCGGAGUCAGUUGGUGAGCCGCGCCGAUCAAGCGGCAGCUCUGAGCUAGAGAGAGUGCUUUCGGACAGGCAGUUAAAACCCUGGAAACGUGUUGUGGUGGCAGCUGGAAUCGAGCUGAGGCUCCUGUUCAAGUUGGCGGCUCCAACGGUAAUGAUGUAUCUAAUAAACAACGCCAUGUCAAUGUCGAGCCGAAUAUAUUCCGGCCACCUCGGCAAUCUUCAGCUUGCCGCCGCCUCUCUUGGCAACAAUGGAAUUCAACUAUUUGCUUAUGGCCUUAUGCUAGGAAUGGGCAGUGCGGUAGAAACUCUCUGCGGCCAAGCCUACGGUGCCCACAGGUAUGAGAUGUUAGGGAUCUACUUUCAACGGGCAGUGAUCGUCCUUACCACAACCGCCAUUCCUCUUACGGUGGUCUACGCUCUAUCCAAACAAAUCCUCUUAUUAAUCGGCGAACCAAAGUCGGUUGCAUCAGAAGCUUCUAUAUACGUUUACGGUUUAAUCCCACAAAUUUACGCUUAUGCCAUCAACUUCCCAAUUCAAAAAUUUCUACAAUCACAAAGCAUUGUGGGUCCCAGUGCUUACAUAUCAGCUGCCACGUUGGCAUUCCACGUGUUGCUGACCUGGUUUGUUGUGUAUAAAUUUGGGCUGGGCCUUAUUGGGGCUUCAAUUGUAUUAAGUGUUUCUUGGUGGAUAAUUGUGUUAGCCCAAUUUGGAUAUAUCUUGAUAAGCCCACGUUGUAAGACUACUUGGACCGGGUUUAAAUGGGAGGCUUUCUCCGGUUUAUGGGAUUUUGUUAAGUUAUCUGCCGGUUCAGCUGUUAUGCUCUGUUUGGAAACUUGGUAUAUGCAGUUAUUGAUUCUCAUUGCUGGUUGGCUUGAGGACCCUGAACUUUCUCUUGAUGCCCUAUCUGUUUGUAUGUUGGUAAAUGGGUUGAUGUUUAUGAUAUCAGUGGGCUUCAAUGCAGCAGCUAGUGUAAGGGUGGGGAAUGAACUAGGAGCUGGUAACCCAAAAGCAGCUGCAUUUUCUGUUUUGGUGGUUACUUUGGUUUCACUUGUAUUUUCGGUUAUUGGAGCAUGUGUCGUCAUGGCGUUACGCAAUGUCAUCAGCUACGCGUUCACAGAAGGGGAGACAGUCGCGAAAGCAGUGUCCGAGCUCUGUCCUUAUCUAGCCGUCACUCUUAUUCUUAACGGGAUUCAACCAGUGUUAUCGGGUGUCGCGGUUGGAUGUGGAUGGCAAUCGUUUGUAGCGUAUGUAAACGUGGGAUGCUAUUACAUUAUAGGGAUUCCACUUGGUAUUUUCUUAGGAUUUAAACUUGAUCUAGGCACCAAGGGAAUAUGGUCGGGAAUGAUAGGAGGGACGCUAAUGCAAACAUUGAUCUUGAUUUGGGUAACUUUUCGAAAUGACUGGAAUAAAGAGGUGGAGAAAGCCAAAACUCGUUUAGACAAAUGGAAAGACAAUAGAGAGCCCCUUCUCAAGAAAGACACUUCUUAGGUUGCCAAAGAGAGUUCAUAAGAGUAAUACAAAACACCCUCUCUAUUAUCUUUCAAGAUUUCGAUGUUGCUUUUCGUUGUAAUAACUUUUUUCUAUUAUUGCAAUCUUUUGCGUGUAAUUUUAUUGCA